GUAAUUGUCAACGCUAAAUGUCCGAUCAUUCGAUUAAACAUUGUGGCACACAGCGACAAACUCGCUUUUCUAGGUCCACAACAUUAAGAGAAAUAAAUAAUUUAUAAUACUAAAUAAAUAUUAAAAAGAAACAUUUGUAUCCAGAAGAACAGCAAAUAUGUACAGCUCUGAGUAUUAAUAGGUUAAGUGCAAGUUUCUGUGUUCGUACAAUUAACAGAAAAGCAGUGUUUACUACUUGUUGCAAUGAUACCAGUCAUUAAUGGAAUAUAACAACACAUUUAUCGUCUGUAGAAUAGGACACAGUGUGUCGGUAUUGUUACAACACGUGAUAUGUACUUACUUGUGCCACCAUAAGAAGCGAGGUAUGGAAAAGUAAACAAACGUUGAGGACGCUGGUCGGUCUCGUGUUCGAAACGUAAUUUGACUCUUCCCAGUAUUGCGAAAUGGGUAAAGUGAUACGUGACAAAGCAGCCAGUGACAGUUCCGAAGAAGAAGAAAGAAAACCUACUGGCGAAGAACGAAAAGUACGAAGGAAGAAGAAGAAAUGUAAAAAGGAUCUGAAAGAAUUGCAACGGAGGCUAUUAAAAUCGAAAAGGAACCGUCCGGUGACGGGCAAAUUUUGGCAGAGUAGUUUCAUAAAGCUUUUACAUCGUUUCGCAGACAUACGAGAACAAUAUAACCAGCAAACGAAGAUUGAUGGGAAAUCGGGCAAGGCGGGAAAUUUAAAAAAGGUGUCCAACAGAAUUCUACCAAAACCUUUAGUUGGCAUAUAUAGGAAUGGUGCAGCAGGUAAAAUAAUUAAAAAAUCUCAAACUAAAGAGCCUUUAAACGAUAUAAACAAUGCGCGCCUACAGGGGAAUGUUUAUAAACUUUUAAAUAAUUGUGAUUCCGAAUUAGAACCUAUUACAAUUGAAAAUGGUACCAAGGGAGUUUCAAAAGAUCCUUUAUUUGAUUCUGCUGUAAAAAAUAUUUUACAUCCAACUCCUCCUGGUGAUAAGAGAUUAAGUCCUGUUUUGGGUAAAGUGGAUGGAAAAAAGCAACGCCCAAAAAUCAGAUGCAUAGAAAAUGUGAAUCCUCCAAGAGUAUUCAAUUUUCUUCUAAAACCUAAAAAUAAAAAGUCAGUUGAUACUGAAAAAUUGCCCGAUUCUGCAAUUAAAAAGUAUGAAGAAUUAUGUAGUACUGUUUCUGCGGAGAAUUUCGAGGGAAAGAAUUUACCUCAAUUCGUAACAGACCCGUUAAUAGCAACAAAGAAGAAACUGAGAAGCAUGUACGCCGAAUCGUUCCGUAGUCAAUAUUUAGGAGACACGAUUAAACGUGGUACAGUUUUAAACGAAACAAUAGCCUCUUCUAGUAAAGAUAACCCAUCGGACGUUGAAUAUUGCCCUUUAGGUUAUGUUCAAGACUCGGACCUUGGAUCUGUGGCCGUCGAGAAGCCAGAUCGUCAAUUACGUCACAGAAAGGACAAGAGGGAAAGCUUGCCAGAAAGUGAAAAUAUAUUUGUAAUUCCAGAGAAACAUUUUGAUUUGAAUGGCAGGAAGAACGAGGUUCCUCCUAACCUAUUAUUCGAUCUGUCCUUACUAAAUCAAUCAAGCUCAGGAGUCGAGAAUGUUGAACCAGAGUCACUGAACGAAAUGAACAAUUUAAAGAGCAAUUUGACGGAUAUAACUAUAAAUAAUCGCGAUUUUUACGAAGGAAAUUAUUGCAAGAGGGACAGCGAUUUUAAUGCUGCUGCUUCCAUGCAUGUAAACAAGAUGGAAAGGUUAAAGGAGAAAAUGGAAUCCCCCUUUUUCAUACCGAAAGAAGCACAGUUGCCAAAUGAUUUAAUUACCACAAAACAUUUAAAGCGUAAGAAUCAACGCGUACAAACGCAGUUUGUGAAGCAUGGAGCAAAGAAACACCCUGGAAGAGGGAACCUAAAAGUAUCACAUCAGGUGAAGAAUUUGAAACACAUUCCCGCUAUACUGCGACGAUGUAACAAUGCUGCAAAUAAUAACAAUCGUUUGAAUUUAUUCGACCCGUCGAUGCAUAUUAAUAAAAAGCCUCAAGAUAUGCUGCUGGAUGUGGGCCCAAAGCAGAGUGCCCUUUUCUCCCCAGAGACAUUAGACACGGAAUCGAAUAGGAACAGCAAGAAACUGGAAACAACAGCAAUGUUCGACCCCGCAGACGUGCAGACUUGUGUAAUGGCAUCACCGAGUCUGCUCAGAGACGAAGUACGUUUCCAGAGUUUCCGCGAGCAGCCAGUGGACGCCAAGCAACAGCCUCAAAAGUUGAAGACCAAUGAUAUAUUCCUGGAAAGGAAGAAUAUGAAUCCUUCAGUACAGAAGACUAUAAUGUUCACGAAGAAGGAUUCUCGUAACAUAGGUCAUUGUCUGUAUCUGAACAAUUUAAUUACCGACCGAAGUGUCGACAACUCUAACGUCUGCGUGAUGAGGAGGAGCGUUUCUGUGGACCAAGAGAAAUCGAUGAAGAAUCCUUGCCCAACGCGCAGAAAUUGUCAGCAGUGUCAUCGUUGCUCGGAAGGUUCUGAUGGCUCCUACUAUUGCAGUCAGGAGUCGAAUCCAUCGCAGAUACAAAACGCAGAGGUGCAUCAGAAACCUGUCGUUUGCGAGAAGGUGUUGCUGAGAAGAGUCCAGCAGCAUCUUCAUUCCAAUCAGAAGUGCCAUAACGAUCAGCACGUUUGUUACGUGGUUGUAGAUCCCAAUAGCGUCCAGGAAUGCUCAAGUGAUAAUGUCUCUUGUCAAAAGGAGAAGCACAGGACCGUGCACCCUAGGCAUUUUUAUCAGGAUGAUGUAUCCGACAUUGGUAUACUAAAGGGCGUGCAAAAUCUACAGAUAUUGCCCAUGGAGGAACACGAGUUGCAAACGAAUUUUACCAGCAAUCAGUGUACAGGAAGGAAUGCCGUGGUAAUCGAAGAGCAGCCAAUCAAGUACUUGGCUGUUGAGAACAAUUCCAGGGCACAAAAGAUACCUAUAUACAUGCAGAGCAACAAACGUGUUACCUCUGUCGAUAAGGUAGAGGUAGUCAAUCCCAAUGUUGGAUACCGCGUGGUAUCCUGUCCUCAGGAAUCCUCACAAAAGGUCAUAUUUGUACCCACGUGCGAGCAGAGUAAGGCAGUAUACGGUAAACAAGAAAAUUUGGCUUCUUACGAUGAAUCUCCUCUGGCAAGGAAAGUGAUCUUGUGUCGACCGGAAUUUCAGUCGAAUCUAUGGUACGUAAAAGACCCUUCGAACGUGUGCGAGGUUCACGUUCCAAAACAAAACCUCAUGGAAGUAAGAAACACCAAGUGUGAUGCAGUUGUGAACAAUUUGCAAGGGGACAAAGUUAAACUGUCCAGACGAAGUACAGUCAAUUGGGACGAUCUGCAUUAUCGAUCGAAUCACGAAUAUCAACACGUGAACGACGGCUGCGUUAGAAAUCACACAAUUUUCUAUAAGAAGUGAAUUUCUUGAGUUUCUUGAAAUGUAUAUUAUAUUUUUUCUAUCUUAUUUCAGCGAGGUUUUUAUAUUUAUAAAAAUGCAAGAUGUGAACAAACAGGAAUCGUCUAUGGAAGUUUAUUUAUAUUAAAUUUUGUUUUGAUAAGGCUAUGUUUGUUACAGAAUAUGGAAUAACGUAAUGAUUUAAUCUUCAUACGUUAAAUAUAGUCGAAUUAAGCUACUAUUUUUCGUUACAUUUAUAAAUUACUCGGAUAUUUGAUAUCAAUGUUACCUUUAUACAAUUUCCAGUAUUAAAAUUGGAUUUUUCAUCGCA